CAAACAAACACAUUACCCGCGUUCGCGGCUGUCUUCCUAUCCGGUCAACAGACAUGAAGUUUCGUGACAUUUAAUUUUAACUGCUCAAAAUGAAAUUUUACCAAACACCUACACGUGGCUCAUUAUAUUCUGUGUCCGUAUGAUUUUACCUUCUCCGUUAUAUGUUGCCUGUUGUGUAAACGCGCGUCUAAACCGGGCGGAUCAGUUCAUGAAGCUGAACUAGCAACUGCUCUUCAGACCAGCUUAUAUGACUCAAUAACAUCCGAGUUACGAUGGCGAAAAGAAGAAAUGUCUCUAAAGUCGUAGUGACGUGCGAAUGGGCGUCGUGCACUUUCCAGAGUCAAAGCAUGGAGGAGUUGAGUGAUCAUAUGUCCUUACAUCUAAAGGAACAUUUUGGAGAAGGAGAUGCCAUGGAGGAAUUAGAGGACUAUCAGUGUUUAUGGAGGGGCUGUGAGUUUCUGGCAAUGGGAAGUCAGAGUGAGCUUGUGGCUCAUGCACAUUUCCACAUCUUCCACAGUAAGCUGAAAUACAUCGGGACUCAGCUUCUCGAAUCCCACCCCGAACUGCCCAGCUGCACUCAAGAUCUCCAUAGUAACAACCUGGUUCCUGAUGUCUCUGAGGGAUUUGUCUGUCAAUGGGAACACUGUGAUAGUUCAUUUAACAAUCCGGAGUGGUUUUACCGUCAUGUUGACAUGCAUGCCCACUGCACUGAGCUUCAGCCUCUUCCUGAUCGACAGCAGGCCUUAUUCUGCAGCUGGUCAGGUUGUGAUGCUUUUUUCAAAAUCAAGUACCGCCUGCGUGAACAUCUGCGCAGUCAUACACAAGAGCGUCUGGUCGCUUGCCCCACCUGUGGCUGUAUGUUCUCCAGCAAUACCAAGUUCUUUGAUCAUAUCCAGAGACAAGCUGAACCAGAAGAUUCUCUAACAUGUGAACAUUGUGACAAGGCAUUUGCAAAUGAGAGACUGUUAAGAGAUCAUGUCCGUCAGCACGUGAAUCACAUCAAAUGUCCUCUAUGUGACAUGACAUGCACGUCUCUGUCCACCUUGAAGAUCCACAUUAAAUUCCGUCAUUGUGACGAGAGGCCGUUUCCAUGUGACUUCUGUGAGAGCAGCUUCAAGAACCAGCAUGAUCUGCGAAGACAUAUGGAAACCCACAAUGAAGGUGCAGCGUAUCACUGCACAGUAGAAGGCUGCGGGUAUUCUUCACGCAUGGCCCACACUAUGAACCAGCAUUACAAGCGAGUACAUGAGGACAACAUGGUUCCCAGGUACAAGUGUCACCUUUGCGACAAGACUUUCUCUUGGUGUUACACACUUACCCUUCACCUUCGAAAGAAGCAUCAACUAAAAUGGCCAUCUGGACACUCCCGUUUCAGGUACAAGAAGGAUGAAGAUGGUUACCUGCGGCUCAACAUGGUGCGCUAUGAGACCGUUGAGGUCACAGAGGAGUUGAUAAAGAACAUGGCAGUCAAACAAACCCCUCGCAAAAUGUCUGCUUCAGCCGGCCACCCCAAGGAGCCUGCGCUACAUCCCGACAGCGGCGACAGCACUCCUCAGCACUCAUCUUCACCUUCCUCUCCUUCCUCAUCCUCGUCCACCUCAGAGCUCUUCGAGGCGUCCGACAGCAGUGCGUUGAAAGGGGAUGAAACAAACGUGUAUUGUGUGUUGAACACUGUGACUGAGGUGAACGGAGAACCGGAUGAAGCGAUCGAGCCUGACGGGCCGUCAGGGGCUGUUAUGGCUUUGACUGCAGUGGCUAGAGGUCUAGGAAUGGACGUGGUGUAAUAUUAACCAAUCUAAUGCUAUUUCAAUUAAAGUGACAUUUCACUUUUUUUGUUUAAAAAAUGUUCAUUUUCCAGCUCCCCUA